UAAUCGAUUAGUCGAAACCUCUUUAGAACAGGAUAAACCAAACAACCUCUUUGGAACAGGGUAGAUUUGGGAUGGACAUCACUGAAACGAACACUAAAAUCCUUGAGGAGGAAAUCGAUGAGGCCGAGGAAGAGGCGCUACUCAAAUCUGAUGAUGAAAACGAUGGAGCCAAGACAAAUAUUUCACUUUCAGUGCUACGGCCACCUUCUGUGGUAGAGUUAAUGGAAGAUAAUUCGCUUUUGAAUGGCCCAAUUCCUAUAGAAUUGGGAAAUGGCGAUGAUGAAGAUAUGUCGCUAGAUAAAGAAAUAGCGGGAGCUGAUGUGAUUGAUGGUGGGGUCAUUGAUGAUAGUGAGGACAGUGACCUUAAUAAAGAUGACGAAGAUGAUGAUGAUGACGAAGACGAUGAAGAGGAAGAUGAAGAAAUUAAAUCUCUCAAGGAAUUCCAGGCAAUACUGCAAGAGUUGGCAAGCAAUCAAUAUGCCUACGAUAAAUAUGUGCGGCUAUGUGAAUUGUCACACACCACUGGUGAUUUGGACAAUAUAAGGAGAGCCUAUAAAAUGUUUUCCAAUGUGUAUCCCUUAACUCCGGAAUUAUGGCAGCGCUAUAUAGGCGUAGAACAAACCUUGGCCCAAUCUGAGAGCGAAAUACAACAAGUCAAAGAUAUAUUCCGAAAAGCUUUGGCAGAUUAUUACUCUUGUGACCUGGCUUUAGCAUAUGCCAGCUUUGCAAAUCGUUGCGCAGAUGCUACUGAAGUUUGGCGAGAAAUUUUAGGCACCUACGGUUUGAGCUGUUACAAUGGCCAACAGUUUUUUAGGCUAUAUAGAAAACAAUUUUCCAGUGAACAAAAUCUCGAGGAAUAUAUUAACAGUUUUAUUAGCGAGUUGCGCUAUCCCUUGUAUCACAUGGAAGAGACCUAUAUUGAAUUUAAAGUCUACUAUGAGAAAAAUAAGGAGGCUCUCUCCGCAAUGGAAAUCAAUUGGGAAGACAUUGAUGUCAAAUAUUUCAAAGCCAAGGAGCAUUUGAAAAAAAUACUACCCUACGAAGAGAAAUUACAAACUUUGCCUGCAAACUCUUACCGUGAGAGAGGAGAGGUUUACUUUGACUAUAUCAAAGACUCGGAUAAGUAUUUGGAUGAAAAUGUCCUGCAGACCAUUUACGAACGUAUGGUAGCCGAGUGUUGCUUAAAUGCCGACUGCUGGUUAAAGUACAUCAAUUUCAUUGAUUAUCGUGAUGAAUUUGGUCGUCCUAAGGAUCUGCAACGAUUGCCGUUGUUCGAACAAACGCCGGAUGACAUUUGCCAGAGGGCUUUGCGAAAUUGUACCUGGUCUGCAGAGUUGUAUAUAAAACGUAUGCAAAUUUUGGAAAAAUUGGAUAGGCCCAAGACUGUUGUACAGGAGGUAUUGGAAAGCGCAGCAGCGGCAGGCUUUCAGACGCCGGAGCCCGCAGUGGCAGUUUGGCUAGAAUAUUUGACAUAUUUAAGACGCCACACCGACUGGUCGGAUGCGGAUGAAUGUGAUAUUGUAAGGAAGAACUUUAAUUUGGCAUGGACUAUAUUGGGUCAACAAUGGGGAGUAUUGGCCGAUUGUAAUUGUGAGAUUUUACAAUUUUGGGGUCGCUUGGAAUAUGGACCACUGCAAGAUCCCAAGAAGGGUAAAGAACUGUGGACAACCGUUAUGGAGAGUGCGGAAAAUUCCACAAAAUCCGGUCUAUGGAUAGAAUAUGUUUUAUUGGAAAUGAGAAGAGACUUGGAGUCCACUAGAAAGCUAUUUAGCAAAGCUUUAAACACUCCAGGCUUGGACAAUCCCUUGGUGAUAGCUUCAGCCUGGGAAAGAUUUGAACGCUGCAAUGGCACAGUGAAAUCACUCAAUAAUUGUCUAAAAGAGUGCAAUAGAUUUAAGCUAAACUACCAUCAGAGUUCGUAUAACCAAAAACCUGUAAAAAACGCAACUAAAGGUACUAAACGAAAAUCUUCAUCAACUCAAAACGAUGUCAGCGCUCCUCCUCCUCCUCCCAAACAAACAAAAUUAGUGGAAGACAAAGAAAAGCCCAAGGCUCAUAGCUCAGCUAAAAAGGAAAACCAAACUGCUUUUAAGGAACACGAGAAUCAGGAAAUCGAUUUAUCCAAAGACCAUCUGCGUAUAUUUCUAUCGAAUUUAGACUACAAUCUAGCAGAGGAUGAAAUUCGCAAAUCACUGCCAGAGUUGAAUAUUGUCAAUGUAGAAUUAAUACGUUCAGGCAAUGGUCGAAGUCGUGGCUUUGGUUAUGCAGAAUUGGCCAGUGAGGCGGAUGUGGAAAAAGCGUUAGCAAUGGAUCGCAAGGACUUAAGUGGUCGACCUGUGUUUAUAUCCAGCGUCCUAAGGGAUAAAGAGCAAAGGCAGAAAUUCAAGUACUCAGCCGAAAUGGAACUUCAAAAACUUUUUGUAAAAAGUUUGCCAACUGAUGCAACUCAAGCAGAAGUGGAAGAAUUAUUCAAACCAUUUGGACCAUUAAAGGAUGUUAGAUUGGUGUACCAUAAAUCUGGUAAAUUCAAACAAAUUGCCUAUGUGGAAUAUCAGAAGGAGUCAUCCGCUGGCAAAGCAGUUUUAGCUUUAAAUGGCAAAGACUUAAGAGGACAUUCGAUAUCUGUGGCCAUUUCUGCUCCUCCUCCCAAACCCUCCACUAGUGGUGCAGCUAUUAAUCCCAAAAUGUUGGGACUAGCACCAAAACGCAACAAAGUUUUCGAACAGAAACCUCGUAUGUCGCUCAUACCCAUGGCUGUGCGUAAAAAUUUGACAAAUAAUUCGGUGGUAUCUGCCAAAUCUGCGUCAUUAACGCCGCCAACAGCUUCCGGCACAUCUGAGGCACCCAAAAGCAAUGCUGAUUUUCGUAAACUGUUACAAAAAUAAUUUUCUAAUCUUCUGUGUUUAAUUUAAUAUUUAUGUAUGUAAAAACAAAAUUCAUAUACAAAGAAAAAGUUCUUAAAUCCUACGAUAUUUCGGAUAUGGAAAUAUUUAUUAAGAUAUAAUUUUCGCCACAACCCCCCCAAUAAACAUUGAACAUUUAUUUAUAUU